CUCUCUGCUCAGGACUGGUGUCUAUGGGCCCAGUUCUGGGAAAAGGCCAGAUUGCAUCAGACAGGGCUUAGGGGGCGGGAGCCUACACCGUGGAGGUUGGAGACAGUGUUAUAAGUAGGGGUGAGAGAACUGGGAGAGGACAAACAUUCAGAAAACGCAGAACAGAGGCAAGACUUUGGAGAAAGCAAACCAGGCAUGAUGGCUACCUUGCCACCAACAGCCAAUCCUUCGCAGCAGCCUCUAAACCUAGAAGAUGAAGAUGGAAUCCUGGAUGAGUAUGACCAGUACAGCCUGGCCCAUCCUUAUGUAGUUGGGGGAGGUCGGAAAGGUCGGACCAAGAGAGAAGCUGCUGCCAAUACCAACCGUCCUAGCCCUGGUGGGCAUGAGAGGAAAUUGCUGACCAAAUUCCAGAACUCUGAAAGGAAAAAGGCCUGGCGCUGAGGCAGUGCUGGAGAUGAGGCUAGACCACGGACAUCACACCCAGCAAUGGAUACAGGACACCACACCCAGAAAUGGAUACAGGACUUCGGAGAAAUUAGGAGUUGUAAGCAGGACCUAGGCCUGCUUGAGUCUCUCCCACCUAAGAGAGGUUCUGGAGAGAGGGCACCAAAAAGCCCUUCCAGACCCAGCAAGGGGCAAGAUAGGAGCAAGAAGCAGAGGGUGGAUGGGCAGAGCUAGGAAGGCAUCCCUAAAAAGAACUGUGGGAGAAAUCGGAUGCCCUUGGGUGGCAGCAACAAUAAACCGUACAGCAGUGACA